GCUUGCCUAGGUCUUCCUUUCGGUUUUACUCUUCAACAUUCAGGCGCCAAUUCACUAGAUACACUUCGCUCUUACCUUCACUCAUUGGAAGAAGAAGCUUAUCGAGAAUUGGUUGUUUUUCUUUUUGUUUGCAGCGUUUGGGCUUUGAUUCGCGUUUAGAUGGUUGGAUUAGGUUUAAAUUUCCCCAUUCUAUAUCUACUGAUAUGUUCCAAUUAGGAUCCCCGUAGAAACAUGAGCCUUAGCUUUUUCAUGACUGAGAAGUUGAAAGCCAUGGUUCACAUUCGAUAUUUUUGCAUGUUGAUUUGGGCACUCAAGUUGGGAUAGAGGAUUUUGUUUUUGAAAUAUUUUAUUUGAAACCUAGGGCUGCGUAGGAAUGAUGGAUGGCGAAGAUAUGACUUCUGUGACCAAGAAGAGGUCUACAGAGGAGGAAACCUGUUUUGUUUCGGAUGAUAACGAGCCCAUUGGCUCUGUAUUUAAGCUAAGGAAGCCACGCGGUGCGAAGAAGAAGGUUAGCUUGGCAUCAGAGGGCAUUGGUGGUGAUGGAGGUAAGAAUGCUGACUCUGUUGGGAAAAAUUUGACUGCGGCACAAGUGGAUUUGGGGGGCAUGGAUGAUACCCUGGCUAGUUUUAGGAAGAGGUUGAAGGGUCCAAAGAGAGAUCAGGGACCUGGAGCUAUCAGAGGAAGAAUUCCUGCUUUGAAUGUGGUGGGGGAGUCUUCUGAUAGGUCUUUGAAUAUUUCUUGCGAGGAUGGACAUUUGGAUGAAAAAUCUUCAUUGAGUAAGAACAAUGUCAGUGAGGGGCGGGAUGUGGUGGAUAGUGGAUUUGAUUUGGCUACAGAGAUGAAGAUUACUGGCAUUUGUCAAGCUAAAGUAGAGGGACCUAAUAUGGAUUUGGCACUGAAGGGAAUUGAGGGUCAUGCUGUGUCUCAUGAUGAUAUGGUUGCUCGGGGGACCAGGAACACCCCAAAAUAUGAGAAAUUAUUGCUUAAUGAUGACCUGGAGCACUCUCCUGGUGAACCAAUGGAAAAUUCCUUGUCAGCAAUGUUCCAAAAGCAACAAUCUAAAGAAGAUAGUGGUUCUCUUUCCCACCAAAAGGUUGCAUUGGAAGAAAGAAUUCUCAAUGAUGGUUUAAAGAAGUGUUCUGCCAGAUUGCAUGAGGUUGAAGAAAUAAUUGACACUGUCUCUCUCCCAAAAGUGGGGGAAGGGGUGUGUGGGUUUAGUGAGAUUGAGCUCAGGAGCAGAUUGACUAAUGAACAAGCACAAAUGUGUAAUAGUACUUCAGAACAUGGUGAUUUUACUUCUGCGGAGAAAGAAAAGUUCUUACCUUCUUGUGACUCUGAGCCCUUGACUAAAUUAUCUGAUAAUAUAUUGAAUGAAAAAAAUCAUCUGGUUUCCGGAGAAGUUUUUCAGGGAUCCUCAAUAAAUGGAACUAAGUUUGUUUCUGGUAGAAGUUGCUGUGACCGUAAUAGUCUAGAUACAAAGGUUGAAGUGCAAGAUCUUGUUUUAGGUUUUUUUCCUGAAAAAAAUGCUGUCAUUGCUGGUGGUAGUUUAUUUCAUAAGGUGUCUAAUGAGGCCAAUGAAUCUGAAUUGUCUGUUCAGUCAAAUCACCCUGAGAAUCCUCCAGAAACACAUAAUAUUCCAAAGGACUCUAUUGCCUCCAUUCCGAAAUGCAGAUCGAUGUUAGAACCGACCCAACCUUCUAACAAUACGUCUGAAGAGGGUUCUCUUCCAAACGAUGAUUGUUUCUAUGCCAUGCAAGAAACCAGUGGUGCCUCCCCUCAGAGUGCAAUUCCAGGGGAAAAUGAUAAUUAUGCAGACUAUGUUGCUUCCGGGUCUGAAGUUGCCAACAAAGAUGAUAAAACAUCAGCUGUUAUGCGCCGCAUGGCCAAAAAACGACGGCAUGGAGACAUGGCUUAUGAAGGGGAUGCUGAUUGGGAGGUUUUGAUAAAUGGCCAAGCUUUUUCUGAAAGCCAAGGUGUUGCUGAUGGUGAUAGACCGAGAGUGAAGCUUGAUUCCUCUUUGAAUGUUGUUGAAGAGUCUGAAAGUGUUGCAGUAGCAGUAUCAGCUGGGCUGAAAGCCCACGCAGCUGGUCCACUUGAGAAAAUAAGAUUUAAGGAUAUCUUAAAGCGUAAAGGUGGUCUCCAGGAAUAUUUGAAUUGCAGAAAUCAGAUCUUAAGUCUCUGGAGCAGGGAUGUCAGGCGUAUUUUGCCUCUUGCUGACUGUGGGGUUAGUGAUACUCCUUCGGUGGAUGAACCUCCUCACUCUUCUCUUAUUAGGGAGGUCUAUGCAUUUCUCGAUCAAUGUGGUUAUAUAAAUGUUGGAAUUGCCUCUCGAAAGGAGAACAUCAAAAGUAGUGCAAGGCAUAGUUAUAUACUUGUAAGAGAUAAAGGAUUUGAGGAAGGUUCUGCAGCUUCUGUUGCUGAUUCCGAAGAUGGAGUUUCCUUUAUUGUUGGUCAGACUAAAAAGUCAGAUGCAUCCAUAGAGAUUAAGACUAAGAGUGGUUUUACAAUAGAUCAUGAAGACCUGUCAACUGAAGCUACAGAAGACAGGAGACAUUUUAAUGCGGUGACAAUGGAUUUAUCAAUCAUGACCCAACAUGAAGAAAGAAAGAGUGAUGAUCAGAUAGGUGGGAUUCAGGAUGUAUUAAGUGGAAUUAUACAUGUGAAUGUUAACAAUUCUGAGCAAAGCAAUGAAUCAGCCUGUGUUAAAUCUGGCCUGGGUGAUCAGAUAGGUGAUCUACUGCAGUCUGAUUCAGAGGCUAGAAAAAGAGUAAUUGUCAUUGGAGCUGGUCCUGCUGGGCUAACUGCUGCUCGCCACUUGCAACGUCUAGGAUUUCCUGUAACUGUACUUGAGGCAAGGAGUAGGAUAGGAGGCCGUGUAUUUACAGAUUGCUCAUCUCUUUCUGUCCCUGUGGAUCUUGGUGCUAGCAUUAUCACUGGUGUUGAGGCUGAUGUGGCUACUGAGAGAAGACCGGAUCCUUCCUCAUUGGUUUGUGCUCAGUUGGGCCUUGAGUUGACUGUGCUAAAUAGUGACUGUCCACUUUAUGACAUAAUGAUGGGACAAAAGGUUCCUGCAGAUAUGGAUGAAGCACUGGAAGCUGAAUACAAUAGUCUUCUUGAUGACAUGGUAUUACUUGUUGCACAGAAGGGUGAACAAGCCAUGCGAAUGUCCCUUGAAGAUGGUUUAGAAUAUGCCCUUAAGAGGCGCCGUUUGGAACGCUCUGGAAGAAGUAGUGAAGAAAUUGAACAAAAAAAUUCUGCAGAUGAUCCAUUUGAUUCCAGAAGAAACGAUACUCAGGAAAAAAAAUUUGAAGUGGAGGUUUUGAGUCCUCUGGAGAGGAGGGUUAUGGAUUGGCACUUCGCUAAUUUGGAGUACGGAUGUGCUGCUCUUCUUAAGGAAGUUUCUCUUCCCUAUUGGAAUCAAGAUGAUGUGUAUGGAGGAUUUGGGGGAGCUCAUUGUAUGAUUAAAGGGGGUUACAGUACUGUCACUGAGUGUUUGGGAGAAGGGCUUGCAAUUCACUUGAACCAUGUUGUAACAAAUGUGUCAUAUGGAAGCAAGGAACCUGGCCAGGGUGAUAAAGUGAAAGUUUCUACAUCAAAUGGCAAUGAGUUCUUUGGAGAUGCUGUCCUGAUUACUGUUCCAUUAGGCUGUUUGAAGGCUGAAACUAUAAAAUUCUCCCCUCCUUUGCCCCCAUGGAAAUAUUCUUCUAUUCAGCGUCUUGGUUUUGGAGUUCUCAAUAAAGUGAUCUUGGAAUUUCCUAGUGUUUUUUGGGAUGAUGCUGUGGACUACUUUGGUGCAACAGCUGAGGAGACAAGCAAAAGAGGCCAUUGCUUUAUGUUCUGGAAUGUCAGGAAGACAGUUGGGGCUCCAGUCCUCAUAGCAUUAGUGGUUGGGAAGGCAGCCAUAUAUGGUCAGAAUUUGAGCUCUUCUGAUCAUGUCAACCAUGCAUUAAUGGUUCUCCGGAAACUUUUUGGGGAGGCUUCAGUGCCUGAUCCUGUUGCUUAUGUCGUGACUGAUUGGGGUAGGGAUCCUUUUAGCUAUGGUGCUUACUCUUAUGUUUCUGUUGGAGCAUCAGGAGAAGACUAUGAUAUAUUAGGGAGGCCAGUUGAUAACUGCUUAUUUUUUGCUGGUGAAGCAACCUGCAAAGAGCACCCUGAUACAGUUGGUGGUGCAAUGAUGAGUGGACUCCGGGAGGCUGUGCGCAUAAUUGACAUAUUGAGCACCGGAAAUGAUUAUACUGCAGAGGUAGAGGCAAUGGAGGCUGCACAGAGACAGUCAGAUACUGAAAGGGAUGAAGUUAGGGAUAUAAUAAAGAGACUCGAUGCAGCAGAGCUUUCUAACGUAUUGUACAAGAAAUCUUUAGAUGGUGGUCGAAUCUUAAGCCGGGAAGCUUUACUAAGGGACUUAUUCCUUAAUGCAAAAACCAAUGCUGGGCGAUUGCAUGUGGCCAAACAGUUGCUAAGUCUUCCUGUUGAAAACUUGAAAUCCUUUGCUGGGAGUAAAAAGGGGCUAACCGUUCUCAACUCAUGGAUACUGGACUCAAUGGGGAAGGAUGGUACCCAACUCUUGCGGCAUUGUGUGCGUCUUCUUGUGCUUGUUUCAACUGAUCUACUUGCUGUACGCUUAUCAGGCAUUGGGAAAACAGUGAAGGAAAAAGUUUGUGUACACACUAGCCGUGAUAUUCGUGCUAUAGCAAGCCAAUUGGUUAGCGUAUGGCUUGAAGUCUUCCGCAAGGAAAAAGCAUCUAAUGGAGGAUUAAAGCUGUCAAGACAAUCAACUGCUACAGAUAUAUCAAAGAGAAAAACCUAUAAAGAUUCAGCCUCGGGAAAGCCACCUCUUAGUACUCAUCAUAUUACCUUUGAGAAUAAAGGAGGCAUACUAACUCCUGGAAACAAUUCACCUUCCAUAGCACAUGUGAAGAAAUCUCACACCAAACAAGGAAGACAACAAGUGGCAAAUGACUUAAGGCAUGAGGUCAGUUCUUCUAGUUCCAAAGGUUCAAUGGGCAAAGUAGUCACUGAGAUGGAGGAUAACCACUGUGCUAUGUCUGAAGAAGAACAGGCUGCUAUAGCUGCUGCAGAAGCUGCUCGUGCUAAAGCACUCGCUGCUGCCGAGGCAUAUGCCUCUGCUGAAGCCAGGUGCAAUACACUACUCCAGCUUCCAAAGAUACCCUCAUUCCACAAAUUUGCUAGACGGGGGCAAUAUUCACAAAAUGAUGAGAAUGAUAGCAGGAAAAAGUGGUCUGGUGUUUUGGGAAGGCAAGAUUGUAUUUCAGAGAUCGAUUCUAGGAAUUGCAGAGUUAGGGACUGGUCUGUUGAUUUCUCUGCUGCUUAUGUUAACCUGGAUAAUUCCAGAAUGCCAGUUGAUAACCUCUCACAACGGAGUCAUUCAAAUGAGAUUGCCAGCCAUUUGAAUUUCAGAGAGCACUCAGGAGAAAGUGUUGCUGUGGACAGCAGUAUAUACACUAAAGCUUGGAUUGACAGUGAUGAUGGUGUGGGAAUAAAAGACUAUCAUGCCAUUGAGAGAUGGCAAUCUCAAGCAGCUGCAGUGGAUUCUGAUUUUUCUAAUCCAACCAUACAUUUGAAGGUUGAGGAGGAUUCAAAUGCCUGUUCAAGACUACCCAGCUGGAAGCAUGAUGGUAUGGCAAAUGAGAGCUCUAUUUCACAGGUUACUGUAAAUAAGGAGAAUUUAAAAGUUCAUCCUCGAGGAGCAGAUCAUAUUAAACAGGCUGUUGUGGAUUAUGUUGCGUCACUACUUAUGCCCCUUUAUAAGGCAAGGAAACUAGAUAAAAAUGGAUACAAGUCUAUAAUGAAGAGAAGUGCAACCAAGUUUCAGGUUAUGGAGCAAGCCACAGAUGCAGAAAAAGCCAUGUCUGUUCAUGAGUUUCUAGAUUUUAAGCGAAAGAAUAAGAUUCGCUCCUUUGUGGACAAAUUGAUUGAGAGACACAUGGCAAUGAAACCAGAUGUGAAAUCUUAAUGUUCUUUGGAUGGAAUGGCUUGGAUUUUGGUGCAUUUCUAGUAUAGUUCCUGAAAUGCAAAUUUCUCCUGGCAAUCUUGAAGUUGAACAGAAUGCUGGUGGCGGAGUACUCUGUAAUCAGGCUUUACUAUUUUAUAAACGAGCUCAUGCAAACAUUAGUUGGAUCCUCUGGAUGAAAGGCAUCUGAAUGUUUGAAGAUGACAACAGAUUGCAUUCAUCCGUCAUUUUGUCUUCAUCUUUCAUCGAGGUUGUACCUCUGAGGGUUGAAAACUUAUACCCUAUUUUUAUUAAAGGGGUUUUUCAUGGACAAGACAUUACAUGACCUUAUCAAUUCCUUCUAUUUUGUACAGAUUAGGAUUGUUUUAUAGUGAUGACAAGCAUACAUAUCCAUUUCAUAAUGUCCUAUCAGAAUACUGAACAUUGCUCAUAUUUAUUAGGUUUAACAUCAAAUACUAAUUUAUAUUUCAUUCUCCAAAAGGGGGGAAGAAUUAUGCUAGCUUUGUACGAUCUUUGGUUUACUCGUGCAUUUUAUCCAAGUCUCGCUCCCUCUCUUCUUGGUGUAAGUGUAUGUAUGCUGUUUAUUUAUAGUUCAGUCAGCUUCCAAGUGAGUACUUAAGUAAUAAAUAAAUAAAAAUAUGAACAUCACCUCGUUAGCAAAGAUGCUCGUCAAUUUUAGCUAUAAUUACUGUUUAAAUAAGUGUGUGGUGUAUAAUCCAAAGGCCUGCACUCUAUCUUGGCCAUUCUCUUGUGCUGGUUAUUGCUUACACCUCUUUCUGUAUGUUGCUAGGCUGAGAAAGGUUAUAUCAAUUACAGAUUGGUGGUAAUAGGUAUUCUCUCGUUUACCUGCGACUUGAUGUUUAUUGCAACUUUUACCUUCGCAACCAAUUUUCAGACUGUCUUCAUGCCAAGCAAUUGUGAUCUUGGAUUGAAACUAAUAGUGCUGCCAGGGAAAUUAAAUUCCCUUAGUAUCUAGAUGGGGGAAGCUAUUUCAGUUGGUUGCUGAUCGCCUGAUCCUGAUAGAAAGUUAUCCUCAUAAUUUUAUUUUUUUUGGCGCAUUUUUGCUAUGUUUCUUCCUACCAUUUGAAACAGCAGUUUUAUCUCAAUACUUGGUUGUAAGAUUCCCAUACAGUUGUUUCAUCCUAUCAUCGCUCUUAUAAUCGAUU